AUGGCCUUGUUUUCAAAAAGAGUAUUGACGGGUACCCGGUCAAAAGCACUACAGCAAUCCGGUUUGGAUUCCUUUCUCAAGCAAUCAAUCCACAAAGAUCCCACUUCAUCAGUUUACCUCGGGACGAUGUUUGAGAUGCAGACAAUGGAGGCCCUUCAGACGAUCGGAAUGGACUUGAGUCAUGUCGGGGGUAAAGGAGAUCGUGGGGUGGAUCUAUCUGGAGAGUGGCCACUCGCCUUAUCUUCGACUUUUGCUGUACCUCGAUUGAUCGUUCAGUGCAAACGGCUUCAAAAGGGCUGCAGUCCUGAUCAUCUUCGGUCUCUGGUCGGUACGGUCGUCAACAUGGCUCACCCGACCCAACCUACAAUAGGUAUCUUGGCUACCUUGGGCCACAGACCAUUCACCAAGGAGCUGUCGGGCCACUUCUUAUCCAGCCAGGUACCACUUGGACUAGCCAUGGUGGAUGAGAAUUGUCUAAAAUCGCUGGUAUUUAAUUUACCCGCCCAAGAAAUACUUCAGGGUGUAGUUGUCACAACUCGGUACACGGCUGCAGGAGACCGGGUUCCGGUAGUUACAUUUAAAGGACAAGUGAUUGAUAUAGAGAACAAAAUGUGUAUAUAA